AUGGAAUGUGGUCCACAUGGAAGAUUUGAGUAUUGUAUCGAUGGAAUCCCAGGAUGUGUGGUCGGUUGCCACUGUCAUCCUGGUUAUUAUUUCGAUACCGAAACAAAAGUAUGUGAGCCAAACGUCAAAUUAACUAAAAACUUCAGACGCAUCUACAUGUCAGAACCCACUCGAAUUCCAGCACUCGAGUUUACGACACCUAAUGCAAAUGAUCCAACACCUACAACCAAUAAAGAAUUAAAUGACAAAGUUGACGCUAUAACCAAAGAUGCUGACGACCUCGGUGAUUGGUUGUACAAUCAAUUCUUCAAAACUAUUGAAAAUCAAGUCAUCAACAAAUCUGAAAGCGAGCCAUUGACUAGAAGAAGUGGCAAUAGCCAUUCUAAUCGUGUUUCAAAGCGGAAAGUAAGAAAAUUUGGAAAGAAAUCAUUGAAAAGAAAAAGAAAAUCUAAAAAAGGUCUAAGGAAAAAGCUGUUACGGAUUACUGAGGACGAUAGUUUAUUCCAUUCUAGUUCAAGUGCAGAAGACUUAAGUUCAAGUUACAGCGACAGUAGUUCCUAUGAAAGCGAAAGUGAUGAAGAACAUGGCCAUAGAAAAAUUGUCAUGAUAAACAAGAAGCCCACACCACCUUUGCCUUCAUUUAUUUUUUUGCCAAACAUGGACACACCAUUUUACCCACCUAUUGGAUUACCUCCUCCACCUAUUAUUCCUAUGUAUCCAAUGGUUCCAGUACCACCAAUGAGUCCUCCAUACACAGGAUUUCCAAAGCCUGAAGUUGAAAAAAUCUCUAAAACAGAACAGACUACGCCAAAUACAAACGGCGAAACUUCUACUACUACAAGAACUUCUUCGCAUACAACUGCUUCCACAGAAUUCACUCAACCAGCACCUGAAAAUUCAGAAAGAAGUAACAAAGAAAAUCUUCACCGACGUAAAGAAUUCUUGAAAAAAAUACGAGAAAAAAUGAAAAGACGUAACAAAAUACCACUUAACCAAAUCACAGAUACAUAUCGAGAAGAAAACUUACAAGCAGAAGACGACAGUUUUCUGGAAGAGCCUUUUUCUUAUAAUGAAAUAAAAUCUAGGGCAGAUGAUGUCCCUAAAAUUGAAGAUGUAGAUUUCAAAUAUUUAACCCAACUUAUACAUAGGGUAGAUUUUAAUAAAAAUAAAACAAGAAAUGAAAAUCAAUAUCAAGAAAAUACCUCGAAGAAUAUGUUGGAGUUUUACAAACCCGUAAAAUACCAAAAAAUUCCAAAUUAUAGAAGAGUAAAUCUUAAUACAUACAAAGCACCCAUAGCUCAACUAAUUUAUCCUGAAGUGACGCCUGAGCCUCGUCGGUACUUAUCCAAAACUGACGAUUCAUAUUAUUCAAACCUAGGUAGACAAAUCGCGUCUUUGAUAAGAAAAUUAGAUAAUAAAGGUGAGCGCCAAAUAAAUAUAGAAAUUAAACAAGAAAACCAUAAUAAUCAGAAAGAUACAGUUUUUAAUGAAAAUCGCUACGCACCUCGAUCUUAUUGGGAAAGAUCUAUUAGAUCUCUCUAUAUAAAUUUACAUCCAAAUGCAAAUAAGUCUGACUACAACGGCGACGGCAAUGAAAAUUUGUAUAAUUUAGAAAACCAAGUCGUAGCAGCUACUACAACAUCGUCUCUAAGUUUACAAGAACUAGAAAAUGUUAUUAGUAUGAUGAAGAGAGCACAAUCACAUGUUCAAUACAAAAAAUAUGAAUUAAAUAAUAACAUAACUAGUAAUAUUAACUUGAAUAGAAAUCUAUUUCCAAGAGGCGUUAGAAAAUCAAAUAAACCUAUAAAAUAUGUUGCAAAGCCUAAAUCGGACUACUCUAAUAAAACCCAAUACGUACCUAUGUUGCAUCAUGGUACUCCGAAUAUAUCCAAUAUAAAAGGCCAGAAUUUAAGAGUAAAAUUUAGAAAUGAACCAGGGAAAAAUAUAUUAAUACCAAUAAGGAAUGAGAAAAACAUUAACACCAAACUACCCAUUUUUUUGAAAAGAGCACACAACAGUGACCUUCUAAUAAACCACAGUCUAUCUGAAGUUGACAACUUAACCGAAAGGAAAGUUGUACAAAAUAAUAUGAAGCACAUCUAUCAACUAGACCCAAUAAUUCUCAACCAUAAGAAAUUAAAUUAUUACUCGUACAACGAUCAGUAUGGACAUUUACCAAAUUUACCGAGACAACUUAUCAAAACAUAUGGGAAACCUAGGAACCCAUCUUAUUUUCAUCAUGAGUUACAUCAUUUUGAUUACUUUGAUUGA